CCUCGAUUACAGCCAGACUAAAAUAUCGAAAAAAAAUUACUCUACGCACGCACAACUCAAGCUCCCAAUAUGGAGACAACGCAUCACGACCCGGAUCUUAAGCCGACCCGACUAAACGAACCAGAGUUCGACCUCUACACCAUCCCCAGCCACUCCAGUUGGUUUGCGUGGGACAAUAUCCACGAGACAGAACGAGCAGCACUUAAAGACUUCUUCAAUGGAACCUCUAUUACAAGAACACCCAAAAUCUACAAAGAAUACAGAGAUUUUAUCAUCAAUAAGUACCGCGAAGAUCCUUCUAGAAGGCUCACGUUCACCGAGAUCCGAAAAUCGCUUGUCGGCGAUGUUUCCUUGCUCAACAAAGUGUUCAAAUUCUUGGACAAUUGCGGAUUGAUAAACUUCGGCGCUGAUUCGAGUCGGUUUAUCGAUUCGGAGACGGAGGAAAUCGGUAAUUUUAGGGUUGAGGAUGGGCCUCCGAAUGGCAUACGCGUUGUUGCUAUGCCUAAUUCGUUGAAGCCGCUUGCCGCUCCGGCUCGAUAUUCGGAGAAUGUGGAGAAUUCGUCGAAAUUGCCGCCUUUGAGCUCACAUUCUGAUGUUUUUAGUGUGUCGAGGAAGUUAAAGGAAAUUGUGUGUGGUAAUUGCGGUGAAAAAUGUAAUUCCGUAGGGCGGUAUGAGUACACUAAGGGUGAUUAUAUAUUGUGUUCGAAAUGCUUUGUUAGUAGAAAUUAUGGUGAAGGCAGGUUGAAGGAUGAUUUUAAGUUUGAUGAGAAUGAUGUGGGUAGAAAUGGGGGACAGGGAGCUGUUUGGAGUGAGGCAGAGACUUUACUUCUGUUAGAAUCUGUACUGAAGCAUGGGGAUAACUGGGAUCUUGUUGUUCAGGAUGUUCAAAGCAAGAGCAAACUUGAUUGUAUUUCUAAGCUACUUGAGUUGCCAUUUGGGGAUGUUAUUUUGAGCUCUAGAGGCUGGAAUGGCAAUUCUAGUGGAUUGAGUGUGAGUGUAAACGAUUCUAAACAACUUUCGGUGCCUUCGUUGGAGAACCGGGACAUAGUGGAGAAUAAUGAGGAUCAAUUGCAUGAGCAGAAUAGUACGAGUGAGCAAAAUGGAGAUGCUGCAGAGGAAGGCCCUCCAUUAAAAAGAAAAUGUAUUUCUUCUCUUUCGGAUGCUGGAAAUUCUUUGAUGAAACAGGUCGCUCUUAUCUCAACCUUUGCUGGCCCAGAUAUUACAUCUGCUGCGGCUAAGGCUGCUCUUGGAGCACUUUGUGAUGAAACCUUAUGCCCAAGGGAGAUUUUUGAUGGAAAGGAGGAUUUUCCAGCUAAAAUCUUAUGGUCUCCUACUGGAGAUUCCAAGCCAGAGAGAACCCAUGAGGUCGGAGAUUCAGAGAUAAUUAAGAGGCCCACUGAUUCAGAAACGGAGGAGACAUAUAUGGGGCAUAACGACGUGCCUUUGACUUUGCGGCUGAGAACAGCAAUUGCAACUGCUCUUGGAGCUGCUGCUGCUCAUGCCAAAUUAUUGGCCGAUGAGGAAGAUCGAGAAAUUGAAAAUUUAGUUACAACCGUACUCGAGGCACAGUUUAAAAAAUUGCAGUACAAAAUGAAGAAUUUUGACAAUCUGGAAGUGAUAAUGGAGAAGGAACAUGCUGAACUAGAGGAUCUGAAGGAAUCAUUAAUGGAGGAGCGGAUUGAUGUUGUACAGAAAGCAAUUGCUGCUGGCCUAUCUAAAUGGAGGGAACAUUCUUUUAGUAAACCUCAGACUGGGAGUGUAAUUUGAUAUCAAAAUGCUAUGAGAUAGUGGUAGAAUAGACUAGAUUUAACAUGAA